AUGGCGAAGAAGAGAGUGGAAACCAAGAAAACGCCGCCGCUGCCGCCGCUGCCGCCGCCGUCAACGCCGCCGCAGGUACGGUUUCUGUUGCGUCAGGGAAUUGCGUCUUCUUCGUCUCUCCAUUGAAGACGGAGAAAGUGAUUUAACACGGGGGUUGGAAAAUUUAGGAAAUGCCUGAGGAAGAAAUCCCAGGAGAAGAAGCCGGGGACGGCUCUGGCGAAGAGGAUGGGGUUGCGGUAGAGGUCGGAGCUCGUCAGGACGAUCGAGGGUCAUUGGAAGAUGAGGUACUUAGAAGGCUCCCACCCUUUUCUCGACAUCUUACAGCUAAUUUUCUCGAGCUUAAGCUUCUUGAAUCGACUAUGAUGUACAGGAGGGUUCAGAGGGGGGAGCAGAAGAAGAACGUGGGGAAAGCGAUGCUGGGGUUGCCGAGGAGAGUGACUCUUCCGAAGACGAAGUGCCUGAUAGGAAUACGGUUGGAAACGUCCCCCUACAUUGGUACGACGAGGAAGAGCAUAUUGGAUAUGACAUUGCCGGAAAGAAAAUCAGAAAGCAGGCCAAGAGGGACAAGAUCGAUUCAUUCCUAGCUGGUGUUGAUGAUUCUAAGAACUGGUGAGCUUUCUAUCCCAUUGAUUAAUCGUAUAGAUAUCUGGUUUUCAUUUAUUAAUUUCCGGGUAUUUCCCCCCAUAAAUGAUCUUCAUUUUUGAAGUAUGUUGGCAUCUUUCGACUAUCUUCCAUUUGGGAAACAACCCUGCUAUAAUGGUAAAUGAUGCUGUUAAUGCAUCUUGCUCAGCCUUAGGGACUGAGGAGGCUAUUUGACCCCUCCCCAGUCCCCAUGAUACUCGGAAUUUAGAAGAUUUUAGGGAAACAGAUGCUUCUUUGACUUCACCUCAUUAUCUGUAUACUUUUUAGUUUCAGUUGCUACCUCAUGGUCCACUUUGAACGCAGGAGUUACCAUCUAGAUCCUUGGAUAUGAUUUCAAUUUGAAUUUUUACUCAAACCGUUAUUACCACCUCAACCGAUAACACGCACUUUGUUUCUCUGUUCUCCAUAGUCCUGUCCAUUGUCACUCCUAUCGUCACCCUAGGAGAUAUUGUGGGUCAGUAUUUACCAAUGAACGCCAUAAUGGUGAUGAAUGUGAACAUCUAAAGUGCAGUUAAAGGAAUCUGGAUAUGAUUAAGGAACUCUAUACCGUAUUUUUUGUAAGUUUGAAAUGCAGAAUAUCUUUGAUUCCUAUAUCAAUCUGGCCAUUGAGCAUUAACUUCCAGGUGCUUUUUCUGCCAAGUUUGCAUAUUGUUUUUUUCAGAUGCCAAAUCAACCAAAACUUUUUUUUUGUAAUUUUUUAAAGUAGCCAAUCUUAAAAAGAUGGGUUUUCUUUUGACCGAUAUCUUUUUGAGAACUCUGAUGGUUAAAACUGAACAAUGAUGUUGAAUAUGCUACAGUAUAUAAACAAUAUUGAGUGACGUGAUUGACAGUGUAAUUGACGUCUUGUCCACUAUACUGGAGGAAAACGUGGAACAUCCAUGAAUUGAAACGUGUAUGAAUUUUAAAAAAGACUCCAUGAAAGGAAAAAAAAGUAGCAUAUGGAGUCAGGAAUGCUUGAGAACAUGGAAGCCUGAUGCCCACGAAUCUAGUUUUUGUCUUCAACCUUAGUGAAGAAGUAAUGUUGCAUACUGAGCGAGCAAUCCUUGAGAAUGUGGAAACAAAAUGUCCAAUUUUUUUUUAGUUCAGAACCUUUUGUCAAUACACAAAGAAGAAUUUAAAACUAAAAUAUUUACUCUGAGAGAGAGAGAGAGAGAGAGAGAGAGAGAGAGAGAGAGAGAGAGAGAGAGCCUAGUCAUUUAAUAAAUACUUGUUAAAAAUUUAAGUUUUAAUUUUUUUUCUUAUGAUAAUCUGAAAAUGUGGAUAGUUCAAGUUAUUGGUGCUAACAGAUGGGUGAUAAUGGGGGAUGUAUGAUGUUGGAGUGUAGCUCUCUAUGUAGUGGUGCUGGAGGUAGGAUAAGGCGAUAGGUAGUGAACAACUGCGAUCAAAUGCAGCAGUGAUAGUCAAUGCAAUGCCUUGUAAGUGAUAGUCUAUAUUGAUGUUAUGUUAUGUGGCUGGUGAGAUGAAAGCAAUUGAUAAUAAUAUUCUGUGGGAGGCGACUAUGUCAGUGCUACAUACGUUUGGUAGAUUGCAGCAGCAAAAAGCAAUAAUGAAAGAAGUGAGAGUAGAUGGUAAGUGAUGUUAAGGGAUGAAGUCAGUGGUGGGUUGUAGUGGUUUGUAUGCAACAGAGGUGUUAGUGCUGGUGAUGACAUAAUGGUGGUAUUAGUGGAUGGUAAUGAUGGUGCAGCAAUUAUGACGAUGAGUGGUGGUAGAUGAGGACUACAGGAAAACAAGUAUUGAGUGUAGCUGGUGGUGGUGAAAGUGAGUGAGAUAGCUGGUGGUAUUAGUGAUGUUGUGUUCAUGUUGGUGAGUGAUAGCUAAGGCCAUGGGCAACUGUGGUAGAAAGUGAUGAGUAGUGUUGGUCUUGGGCCGUGAUGGUCGUAAAUGUCGGCGGGACAAUGACUGGGAUGAUUCUGGAUGUGUUAUGUAACUUUUCAUCCCUUCGAUUUUAUAUAGUGAGAAGUAUGCUCCCUAGUUGUGUACUUCCUUCACAGCCUCCGGUACAGGCGUUCCCCUUGAUACUUGUCUUUUUUGUUUACAUAUGCAAGCCAUUAGAGAGUAAGGUGUACAAGAACUCGUCCCCGACAAUCAUUCAAAGCAACCAUUCUGUGGUGUUGCUUCAAACUUGGUUUAAAUUAGAAACACAAUCUUUUAUUGAAAUCGAGUCCACUGGGCAUCAUUUCAACCUUAAUUUGUUUACUUAAUAUCUGAGGCGAAUGUAUGUCUACUCGGUCUACUCUAGGGUCUCUAAGCCAUCCUUAUUAUCUCUAGAGGUUUAGUGGACGGGUGUUUGUUUGACAAUAGACAUAAAUUCUGAACCAACUGACCUCAGAAUUUGGACACCAGCUUAUAUGCUCCGUCUCUGGGAUUUUAUGUGUCUGAACUACAGAGAAUAGACGCUUCUUUUUCUAUUUAUAUCUUCCUUACUCUUGUUACCCUUCUUUACUUUGAUAUACUUUUGUGACAUUGUUUUUAUUUUCUUUAACUCUUCAACGAAAAGUGAAAGCACGAAAAUUGGACCUACUUUAGAGCCAGUGCUUCAUGUAAAAUAACAAAAUAGCGCUGCUUCUUCAUUUGCUACAGAUCCAAUGUUGGAAAGGGUUGGUUGCUACUCACUCAUUUUUCCUUGAAGCUUAUUUCUCCAAUUGAGAGGUGUAGACAGCUUUAUUGCUCCUAAGUGGGAGGGAGGGAAUAUCUUUAAAUGAUAAAUAUGAGCACUAGCUCAUUUCUCUAAUUGCGAAGUGUAGACAGCUUUAUCACUCUUGGGUGGGAGGGAGGGAAUAUCUUUAAAUGAUAAAUAUGAACAUUUGAUCAUUCUAUCAUUCUAUCAUUAUCAUCAUCAAAGUUAUUAGCUCAAUAUUUUUGGGUCUGUCCUGAUCAUCUGAGAAUAUGGCAGUGGCUGGUUGGCAGUUUUGACAUAUUUUGUCACAGAAAAAUAUUCAAUCAGUGCAUACAUUUCCACUGGAAUUUGAUGGUGAAAUUCAGAAAUGCUUUCUUUGCUAGAUGGUUCUGGUUGGAAGGAUGGUUGUCAGCUGAGGCUCCACUAUUAACCACAUAAUCAUUAUUUCCAUUCAAUGUUAUUGUCUUCCACUAAAAAUUGAAGGGUACUAUAUUUAGUAUUUUUGUUAUGAAUUGGGAUAAUAGCUCAUGCUUUCCCCAGCACCCGUACUGAAAAUAGUCUUGAAAAAAUUAUGUUUUCUAAUGAAAGCUUCUUUAUAUAGCAAAUUAAAACUUUUAGACAGUCGGUUUUUUUUGAGGAUCCUACUUAUAAUUUUUGGGAAAGAGCAUUGGUUCCAUUCUCAAAUCCCACAUGGGAGGGUUUCAAAAUCAUCUGUUUUUUUGGACUUAGUUUUUUCCUUUUCCAAGCUAUAUCUCUCUGAAAAUGGUGCAAAGGAGUAAAAUGAGUGCGUAGUCUAUGUUUGGAAACAUGUUGUUAUCCACCUCUUGUGAUUGAACGGCCUAAACUUUGUUUCAUAGUAUUGUGAAGUACCUAUGUUUUUUAUCCUGCUUUAUCCAAUGCACCUGAAUGUCUAUUUCAUGCAUCUUAUGCGAUUACACUUUAGGAGAAAGAUUUAUGAUGAGUACAAUGAUGAAGAGAUAGAGCUGACGAAGGAAGAGAGAAGACUAAUUGGCAGAAUAUUGAAGGGAAAAACUCCUCAUGCUGAUGUUGAUCCAUAUGCGGUUUGUAAAGCUUAUAUUUUGCUUCAUAUAUAAUCCAUGUCCUUUUAAAAUUCUUAUCACAUAUCUUCAAUAUCAUUUAUGGAAAAAUGUUAUGUGAACUGACGUCACUUUUUAUGAUUUCAUUUUCUUGCAGCCCUAUGUCGAUUGGUUCGAAUGGGAAGAAAAGGGGAUGCCACUGUCAGGUGCUCCUGAGCCGAAGAGACGAUUUAUACCUUCUAAAUGGGAGCAUAAAAAGGUAACUUGUUAAUAUUUUCAAUGAUUUGCUUCUGGAUGCAGACAACUCAUUGAAGUCUCAUUUCGUUGGACAGUGAUCUAUUUUGUGUGACACAAUGCAUCAGCUAUUCAUGUGCGGUUGAUAAAAGAAAGUGAUAAAUAAUACGUGACAUGAUACAUUACCCAUUCUUCAUUCUUGCAUGAUAUGAGAAAGUGAUCCGUUAUAUGUAACGCGGUGCAUUGGUUACUCAUGCAUGUGCGACAUGGUGGAUUUUGCUUUCAUGUGCCACAUUGUUACAGGUAAUGUGUUUCGCCAUGUUAGGGUUCUCUCUAAAACCCUCCUGUGCUCCUGCUGACCAGGUGAUCCAAGGUGAUCACCCUAUGCUCAGGUGAUCCAGUUGCGCACUGUGUUGGGCUGCUUGCCUUGGUGGGUAGAUGCCCUGUGUGUCUUGGUCCCAUUUUUUUCGUAGCCAAGCCCAGUAGAUGCCUUAAAUAUGGUUCUGAUGAUGUUACUUCACAUGAAUACGAGUUGUACUGUAUAUGUUGUUUCUUAAAUUAGUAAGGCCUUUCAUUUCAUCCUAGGAUUUUUCCUAAAUGCAGAGAACUACGAAACCAUCCCUUGCUUUGUGGUGUUCACUUGGGAGAUGUAAUGCAUGAUAUUGAUAUCACAUAAAUGUACAGUGCUCUCAUAUCCUAUGUUCACUUCUGUCACCGCUACUUGAUUAUUUUAGAGCAAUGACAUCCACGACCUAGGUACAUUGCGACUUUUAAUAGAAUGUAGAGUUUGUAUUGUUAUUCUUACUUUACGACCUAUAAUGGCUCUGAUCACUUUCAUAAUUAAUCAACAAGGAUAAUGCUUUCUUGCUCAAAAAUAUAAAUCUGACUACGUCGUUUGUCUUACUGUAUAAAAUAUUCGUGGAACAUGUCUCAUUGACAGGAAAUUGAUACCUUUCCUACCUUUCUCCUACAUCAACUCUCAUGUUGUCCCAUUAUCGUAAAAUUUUCCAUUCUCUCGAAAAUAUAAUUAAUCAACAAGAAUCAUGCUUUCUUGCUCAAAAAUGUAAAUCUGACUACUUCGUUGUCUUACUCCAUGAAAUAUUCGUGGAACGUCUUAUUGACAGGAAAUUGAUAUCUUUCCUACCAUUCUCCUAAAACUCUCAUGUUGUCCAAUUGUCGUAAAAUUGUCCAUUGUCUCCUAAAAAAUAUACAGUAGAUAUAAUUGUUUAAACUUACUGGUAUCACAAUUUCAUGAAUGGAAGAAGAACAGUGUGAACGACCUUUGCUCAUGGCACUGUUUGGUGGAUUUCGAUGUUUCAUUUUAGGUUGUGAAAUAUGUUAGAGCCAUACGGAAGGGAUUGAUCAAGUUCGAGAAGCAAAAGGAGAAACCACGCUUCUAUAUGCUAUGGGGAGAUGAUUCUAGUUCUGCUGAGAAUACACGACAUGGAUUAAGCUAUAUUCCUGCACCAAAACCGAAAUUACCAGGUGACUUCUUCAAGGUUCUUGUUAUUUGAAGUACAAUAAAUGGAAAAGGCAAAAAAUGUAAAGUUCUUAGAAUCUUGUGUCUGCCAUAUGUUAGCUGUUUGGUUCUUUCCUGAUAUUUUUUUUGUUAUUCCUCUGCAGAAACUAGCAUGUUUUCUCAUUGUGCUCUUUUUCUAUAAUGAAAUGUUUGCCACCUCUAUUACUUCGUUUCCAUUGACAAUACUUCAUGUAUUCUGCUAUAACAGUUUUAUCAUUUUUAUGAUACUCAAGUUCUCGCUCUAUGCUCCAAUCGUUUUUUCUCCCCUUAUUUUAAACUGAAGUCAGCUGAAGGCUAGUUUAAGAGGCAAAGGAAAAUCUUCCGCAAUUUGGUGCUUGGAGUAUUUAUAGUCUGAUAUUGUUUUGAUGCCCAGGUCAUGACGAGUCAUAUAAUCCAUCCGUGGAGUAUAUUCCAACACAGGAAGAGAUUAAUUCUUACCAGCUAAUGUAUGACGAAGAUCGACCUAAAUUCAUUCCUAGAAGGUAUUUUUACAUGGUUUAAAUUACUUAAUUGUGGGUGCAUUUCUUAUUUGAAACCUACAACUGAAAUUCUUUGGAUUCAUCUGAUUGUGCUGCAGGUUUGAGUCCCUUCGAAAUGUUCCUGCCUAUGAGAGUGCUAUCAGAGAUGCAUUUGAACGCUCGUUAGACUUAUAUCUGUGCCCAAGAACAAGAAAGAAACGUGUAAGUGGUUGCAACUCAAGAAUCUCCUUUGGGUUUAUGUUGACGAUUCUUUGAAUAUAAUUUUUUUUUUCCUAAGAAAAAACCUGGUUCAUACUUUCUUUUUUAUCUUCUUCAGAUUAAUAUUGACCCUGAGUCACUUAAGCCAAAACUUCCAAGUCGGAAAGAUCUAAAGCCUUACCCCUCAUUAUGUUAUCUUGAGUACAAAGGCCAUAGAGGUUCUGUAAAGUCCAUUUCUGUCCAAAUAACAGGGCAGUGGAUUGCUUCAGGUGCUCCUAUCAUCAUCCUUACUCGAUUCCAAUUUUUUUCUCUUUCAUUUUGUAGAUGCCUAUCUCUAUUUUCCAGUCGAUACUUAAUUUUCACUAGAUGGAUUUUUCCUCAUGUUCAAUUGCUACUAUCCAACAAUCUUCUGGAAACUCUUAACCGUGAAUCAUGAUCUUUGAAGGCUCAACUGAUGGAACAGUUCGUGUCUGGGAUGUUGAAACUGGUCGAUGUUUGAAAGUCUGGGAGUUUGGUGAAUCUAUCCAGCACGUUGCUUGGAAUCCUUUGCCUGAUCUUCCUCUUCUAGCUGUUUCUGUGUACGACUUUGUGCUGAUCCACGUUAUUAUUUCACGUUCAACUGUAGAAAAUUUUAAGGUAAGUGGCAUCUUUUUUUAGGGGCCAAGAUGUAGUUUUGUUGGAUACGGGUCUUGGCAAUGCAGAGGAGCAAUUUAGAGCAAAAGAACUGCUCCAUGUUGAGGAAGAUGAUGCUGGUCAGUGUUAGUUGUGCUGAGUAUUUUUAUUAAUGGUUCUCCGUUGACAGUGUCUUCAUACUUCCACGCAGAAGGUGACACCAAACCUUUGGUUCGAUGGUUACGACAUGACAAGCUUGAUGCCAUCAGACUGGAACACUCCAAGGUAAUGCUGAACAUUUUCUGCUCAUUCUGAGGUUGGAGAUUAAUAUGUUGAUACAUUCUUCUCUCUGCAUUCUAUUUAUCAAGCUUUUUCUGUCAUGUAGGCUGUCUCGUCUGUUGAAUGGCAUUUUAAAGGAGACUACUUCAUUACGGUUGCUCCUAGUGAUAUCCUUGUGACUUAUUUCAUGGGCACAGUAGGCCAUAAUAUUCCUCAUUGUGAAUAAUCCUUCCUUUUUUAAUAGAUGUGCAUUUAUUUGCAGUCAGUCUUUGUGAACUGGUAGUUUUCUUUUUAAGAUCGGUGAAGGCGAUUUAGAUUUACACUUCAAUUUUUUUAUCAUUGAUUGUGUGCUUUACGAAGACAGGCUUAUUAUGUGUAUUCUAUGUAAGCGAUUUUUUUUGGAUCAUGGUCCUUUUGUAAAGUUAAAUUUUGCCACUAUUUUUGGUCUAUGACUUGCAUUCCAUUUGAUGACUAGAUAGCAAAAGAGCCAUCUAAAUACCGAUUUAUCUAACCUCACUACGUAAUGGACAUAAGACCAUUCAACAAGCACAUAUCUUCAAUUUUUUCUGCAAUCUGAUUUAAUUCAUAGAAACAUCUGCUUUUUUUUUCUCAAGAUUAGAAAACCCUUGAGGUACUAAAGGUUGUGGGUUGGCCUACUCUGACAUGUACUGCGUCAUGCUAUUUUCUCGUAGCCCAGUUGGCCAUGCAGUCCACCUGUUAUUCAAAAUCCCAUUUUCCUAAUUACUGGUAAAGCAGUACACUCACUUCAAUUGUGUUGUCGAGAUGUACUUAAUAACCUGUAUACCUUACAUGUUUACAUAUAUGUCCUCAUGUACCUUUCAUUUCGUGUUACAUCAGUAUGUCCAGAACCUUCUAGGGAUCUGGUAUAAAUACUGGAUCCUGCUCUCCUUGUAAACUGUUUUUGAUCAAUAAAGUUUGAGUUCUUCUUCCACGAGUGCUGGGUGCCUAUCGGAGCUCCAGACCGUGUGUUAUAUCGACUACAAAUUGAAAAUAAUGGGCUAAUUCUUCAGAAUAGAAAUAUAUUAUAUUUUUGGGCUUCUGACCACUAAGUUUUGCAAUUUUCGGGCCUAAUUUUAUUGCUAUUUGAGAAAUCGUAUUUUUUCCAACGUGUGCAUUUGGGUAUACUAAUUCAUUGACAUUGCUAAUGGGCCAGUUUUACUUUUAAUCGGGAUUUGUAUAAUUCAGCUUGGUUGAGUGGCAUAUUCUUGAGAUUAUGCAUGUUUGAGUUCCAGAUGGUUGGCAUGGUGUUUGGUAGCCGGGUUGCUUGUACUGAUGAGUUUCAUUCGUAUUUUUUUCAUUUUAUAUUAAUACAGUUUUUAGUUGUGACAUAGGAAUGAAGUUCUGAUGAAGAGUUGCGAAUGGGAUUUAGUUGUUUUUUAUGUACCUAUGGGGAUGAUAUCAUUAUAACUCUGUCAGAGAUAUGAGCCAGUUUCAUCACCUUCCAGGAACAGGUUCAGACUUGAGGCAUUAAGAUCUUAGUAGUUACAUGAAAAUUUUGGUCAAGCAUUUCACAUGUGGAACAAUGGACAUGAAUGAUAAGAUUGGUGUAGGAGCCUAGGUUGAUCAGGUCUGAUCCAAGUAAUGUCCUAUUUACGAUAACAUAAAAGUUUGAUAAAAUACAUGAGAAAAUAUUUGAGAAAUUUUGAACUGUACAUAAACAAAUAUUUAAUUAAAGGAUCUCAAUGUCACGGCGAUCUUUGAUUUUAAUCCGUGUGCCAGUUGGCCGAUUCAUUGAACUUUGGCGGGAUUAGUUAAUCUCAGUGUUGAAUGCACAUUAAUGCGUUUUUUUGUGGAUUUCCAUCAUGUAGAAUGGUACUUUGCAGACGAAACCCUAUUCGACUGAAAAUGGCAGCUUCUUCCAUUCUCUGUCUUGGAGUAAUGGUUGGGAUGCAUUUAAUUUUGGAAAGUAAACCGCAGAGUUGAUUCUUAAGAUAGUUUACACAAUAUAACGUACUACUUCAUAUGGAAAGGGUAUGGAGAGUGGAUGAAGAGCAGGUGUUGGGGUUUUGCGGUCUUCACAAUCAGUACAAGACUCGUUAUGCUUUACUUUAACGGAGCCUCAAACAGUUUGGAACAUAUCUUAAUUUUGGAUUAUUCAUUCAAUCGGGUUAAAUUUUAAUUCUUUUAUUGGUUUAUAAUUGCUAGACAUAUAAAGAGUUGCAUUUUUCAUUUUUUUGGGAUAUUCCUUGACCUACUUGUAUACGUGAAUCAAGAGCAAUAUUGAUACACCGACUUUCCAAGAAGCUCACCUUUAAUCCUCUCAAGAAGUUGCAUGGUCUGCCUGUAUCAUCUGUUUUCCACCCGUCACGUCGUAUUUUAUUCAUUGCCACGAAGAAGAAUGUUCGUGUUUAUGAUCUUUCGAUGGAAAAGCCCAAGUUCAUGAAGAAGCUAGAACCAUCCAUACGAGAAAUUUCAUCUGUUGCUGUUCAUCCUGGAGGUUAGUUAUUCUCACUUUCUUUUCCGCUCUUUUCAUUGUAGUUUCAUUAAUUGAUAACAGAGUAUGCUUCUGCUCUAUAAGACAGUGAGUCAUUUGGCUGUGGCAUGCAUUCCCAAUCUAUGCAGGUGACAAUGUCAUUGUGGGGAGCAAGGAAGGGAAAUUGUGCUGGUUUGACAUGGAUUUGUCGUCCAAACCAUACAAAACCCUGAGGUCUGUCAUCUUGGACCAAUUCUUGUAUUUAAUUAUCAUUUGUCUCAUGUUUUUCAGAAAUAUUACGUUUUUGAACCUGUGGACUGUUUACAUAAUGACAACGUAUGCUUCUGCCGAUGUUUGGACACCAUAUAUGCUUCUGAUGAUGUCGAUAUUAUUGGCGAAAAUUAAAGGUCGCUUGUGAAUAUAUUCUCAGAUGCAAAAACGUAUAAAGUCAAAUGCUUUAUUGAACAUUGAAGCUGGAAUUUCAUUGUUCUGUAAAUAUCGUGUUUCUGAGGCUAAUCUUGUACUAGAAUGGAAACUUUGCAGGGUUUUACCAUAAGAAGGCACUGUAUUGAGAGGCGUAUUUAUUUUCAUAUGCACUAUAAUUUGUUUCACAGCUAAAAAUAGAUCAUCAUCACCUUCGCUGACAACGUCACCAAUAUCAGCAUAAUUAAGGGACAACAAGAUUAUGAAAGUUUGAAUGUUUUUUUGGCUUAUUUGUGCAAAAUGUAUGCUUAAGUUCAAUUUCAGUGGGAGAAGGCUUAUAAGAAGCCUUGGUAGGAUCAGUUUAUUGAUAGAAUACUAUAUUUUUGUUCAUUGAACUGCUGGGCAACCAUCAGACUAUCUUUUUAAAUUGAAUUUUGGCGGAUUGAACAGCAUAGUAAUCUGGAAAUUUACAGGACUCUGAUUUGCUGGAAAAAAAAUGGCUCUACACUAAUAAAAAAUGUCGCCCUAAUUUAUGAGCUAAUUCAGGAGCAAACCCGUUCAUCCUGUGUCUCAAAUAAGUGAUGAUGUGGAUAAUCGUUGUCUGACUGGCUAUCAAUGGCAAAAACAAAUCGUGAUCCCAUGAACAUGGGAACUAUUUGUGACACUUUAGGAGACACAUGAUCUUCCUGUUUGCCGAUACAUCACAAAGAUAGCUAACAUGAAAUAGUCUGGUUGAUAGUGGAUUGCUGAUGAUGCUGACGCUUGUACUUGUGUAGUAAUGAAUCAGUUGAUGAUUUUGCCUCAUAUCAGAACUUAUUCUUGACAGACAUGAAAAACUCUCAGAAACAAUUAAGCAGGCUGAAUCUAGCGAUCAAUAAUUGACCCAAAAACUAUGAGUUAUUUAACAUGGAUGGCGCCUUCAGUUUUCCUUCAUAUUUAAUAAUUGAAGGUGUUUCUUGAAAACGUUUGCGAUUUUUUUCUAAUGGCUGGGGGUCUCGACUGUUGCCAACUGUCGUUGCCCAUUGAUUUUCGACCAGUGCUCUCAAUAUUGGUUAACGACAUUCAGCUCCCAUGUAUCCUGCAUAUGUUCAUACUUGUACAAUGUGGAACCUGGCGAUUGUAAUCACAAUUAAUCCCCUAAAAGUUCUUGAUAGCUCAAAAUGGUUUCAGCUUUCGCCAGUUGAUGCCUUUCUCUACGUUAAAGGUGUUGACUUGCGUAUGACUGAGUGGCGGAAGAUGGGUUUCCCAAUAUGGGAGGAAUCAUGCGUGAUUUGCAGGAGCAUAUAAAUAUUGGCUGGGCUAGCAAGUAAUCUGACCUUGAAAAGUUAAAGCUCCAAGUUUGCUCUGUUCAAAGCCUGUCUGUUGGUCCCCUUGACAAAUGUUUCCUAACUAGCAGGGCUAACUUGGGAAUUGGUCUUUAGCUAACUGCAAGUAAUUUGCCUGAUAUUCAUGCAUUUUGUUGGAUGAUAAGUCUCCGUCAUCUGUUGGUGUUCUCAAUUGAACCAGUGAUUCCCCAGUUUUCGCUGCUAUCAUAUUUGGGAUCUUCACACAUGUUCUUCUGCAUCUGUUGAAUGAUACUUUGCCGAUGAUUUGCAGGGCUCAUCCGAAGGACAUCACUAACGUGGCUUUCCAUCGCUCAUACCCCCUUUUUGCUUCAUCCUCCGAUGAUUGCACUGCGUAUGUCUUUCAUGGGAUGGUUUAUUCAGAUCUCAACCAGAACCCUCUCAUUGUUCCUUUGGAAAUUCUUCGGGGGCAUGCAAGCUCAAAUGGCCGAGGUGAGCCCAAACCAUAUCAAUCUGAUCUCUGACUGGUUUCCAUUUCAACAUGAAAUAUAUAUAUAUAUAUAUAUAUAUAUAUAUAUAUGUCUGUGUGUGUAUGCAUAUCAUACUGUUUAUAUUAUGCAGUUUGCCUCUUCCUUCGUUGAGCAUUGUCAUGCCAUACAUUAGAAAGCAAAUGAUGUUGUGGAGUAUGGCCACGGAAAUACAGGAAUUCGGUAGAAAAAUAUAUAUACAAAAUAUUAAUGGAGUUACAUACCUUUUGUAUUCAUGCGAGUGGAGUUGUGGUCAAAUAUUUUGAUUAGAAAACUUGUCAGGGAUGCCGAUCUGGUGUGAUAUAUAUUCUACUUGGUGCUGAUCCAUUCCCCCCAAAGUUUGUUAAUCUAUCCUCUAUGAUUUGAUGUCAAUGGAAAAGUGAUCAUACUCGGACAAUUUUAGGGUUUUUCUGGGCAUCCAAUCCUGUUUAUUUAACCAGGUGCUCCAGAGAAACCCAUCAUCUCUACAUUUAUUAUUAUUAUUGUUAUUAUUGUUAUUAUCUGUUCUUCAGCAUCGCAUCUGGUGUCUGGGAUUCCAUGAAAUUUUAUGUUGGAUUCUUGACGAGGAUUCGACUUCCUGAUUCAGGCAUCCUGGAUUGCAAGUUCCACCCCAGACAGCCUUGGCUGUUCACUGCUGGCGCGGAUUCUGUGAUCAAGCUCUACUGCCACUGA